UUUAUUGCAUCAUCCAAAAAUAUCAGUCAUACUUUUACUUCAACUUUUUCUCACUUUUCGGAAGCCUUUUUCACUCAAAAAUUCAUUUUAAAAAAUUUUUAAAAAUGUUCAGAUUUAUGCAAAUAUUGCGAAGAGCGACACUUUACACUUAUCGCUUUUUAAUAAAUAUUCCACGUUUAUUUUAUUUUAAACCGUCAUAUCCUUCAUUGAAUUUAAUUGAAAAAUCUGGAAAUUGUGCAAUGCAAGCCAACUGGACUCCAUAUAAAGGCAACAAUGUCGAGCCUCGUCUGCAUUUAUUAAACAGUCUGACUCGAACAAAAGAACCUUUUGAACCUAUUUCUGGAAAACAAGUGAAAUUCUACAUUUGCGGACCUACAGUUUACGAUUCUGCACAUAUGGGACAUGCUAGAGCCUAUUUAUCCUUUGACAUUGUAAGGAGAGUGCUUGUAGAUUACUUCAAUUAUGACGUUCUUUAUGUGAUGAAUAUUACUGAUAUUGAUGAUAAAAUAAUUAAGAGGGCCAGACAAAAAUAUUUGUUCGACAACUAUUUAAAUGAAGUGUCUACAUCGAACGGAAUUGGAAAUCAACUAAAAGAAGCUUUAGACUAUUUUAGAAACAAAAUAUCCAAUGAACUCGAUGUUGAUAAAAAGAAUAUGUACACAAACAUGGCUGAUAAAUUCGCCACAGAUUUGGCUACUUUCGAAGCAAAAUCUUUGGGAAUCUCUAACGCGGGAAACAUUGAAGAAAGCCUUGGAUUAGUCAAGCAACUUUUGGAAUCGUCGAAAGAUGUAAUUUCCGACUGGUUGGAUUCAACAAGUGGGCAUACAGUUGACGACCAUGGAGUGUUUACUAGACUGGCUAGAAAAUAUGAGAAUGAAUUCCUUCAAGAGAUGUCUUCUUUAAAUGUCCUAGAACCAGAUGUUCUUACUCGAGUUAGUGAAUAUAUUCCAGAAAUUAUUGAUUAUGUAAAUAAAAUUAUUGAAAAUGGUUAUGCUUAUGUUUUGGAUGGAUCGGUUUAUUUCAAUACAAAAGCCUUUUCCUGCUCUCCAAACCACAAUUAUGCCAAACUAUUGCCUGAAGCAUACAAAGAUGAGGGAUGUAUAGAAAAACAUUUACGUGAAGGAGAAGGAGAAUUGUCGGUCUGCAAUAAUAUUCAAAAUGUUGAAAAAAUUUCAAAAUGCGAUUUUGCUUUGUGGAAGGCUUCAAAAAAUGGAGAACCUUUUUGGGAAAGUCCUUGGGGGAAAGGUCGCCCAGGUUGGCAUAUUGAAUGUUCAGCAAUGAGUAUGUCUGUAUGUGGAUCAAAGUUGGAUAUUCAUGCUGGGGGAUUUGACUUGAAAUUCCCACAUCAUGAUAAUGAAAUUGCACAGUGUGAAGCAUAUUCUGACUGUGAUCAUUGGGUCAACUUUUUCUUGCAUUGUGGAACACUUAGAAUUGCUGGAUUAAAAAUGUCAAAAAGUUUAAAGAAUUUUAUAACGAUUAAAGAUGCUUUACAAAAAUACACUGCUAGGCAAUUAAGAAUUUUGUUUUUAAUGCAUAUUUGGUCUGAUAAUUUGGAUUACAGUGAUGCUACAAUGGACCAUGUGUUACACUUUGAAAAGCUUUGCUGUGAAUUCUUUUUGAAUAUUAAAGAUAUUAUAAGAAAACAGACGAAGGAAAGUGGAGAAAUUAAUGAGUGCUUCAAAAAAUUCGAUCAACGUGAUAUUGAAGUAUUCAACAAUUUUACUUUGCUCCAAUCAGAAAUACAUUUAGCUUUGUGUGAUUCAAUCGAUACAAGAACUGUUUUGGAAAAAAUUCGUUCAAUAAUUUCUUUAAUAAAUUUGUAUUUAAUUGAAAAACAAGAAGCAAAACCAAAUUGCAAUUUAUUGGCAAAUUGUGCAAAUUAUGUAAUUAAAUUGAUGAAAAUACUUGGAGCUGAUACUGGAUUUAAAGAAUUUAAUUUUCGACAAGAAUCAUCAGAAAAUCAUUGUGUGGAUAAAGAAGCAAUAUUAAUGCCAUAUUUGGAGGCACUAGCCAAUUUUCGGGAGGUUGUUAGAAGUGAAGCUAGGACGUCGAAAAAUAUUAAUAUUUUAAAGGAAUGUGAUCGUCUUCGAGAUGAAAUAUUGCCCAAUCUUGGUGUCAGACUUGAAGACCACACAAAAGAUACUCGAUUAAAAUUAGUCGAUCGAGAAACUUUAAUGCGUGAAAAAGAACAAAAAGAGGCUGAACUUCGAGAAAAAGAAGAAAAGAAGAGACUUUUGGAAAAAGAGAAGGAAGAGAAAAGAAAAAUUAAAGAAGAAAAGAAGCAAAAACAAAGGGAAGCAGCUUCUAAAAAUAAAUCAUAAUAGAAUAAGGUUGACCA